AUGGCCGACACCGUUGGAAAGACCAUCACUUGCAAGGCUGCCGUAGCCUGGGAGGCCGGCAAGGAGCUCAGCAUCGAAGAUAUCGAAGUUGCUCCUCCCAAGGCCCACGAGGUCCGAAUCCAAAUCUACUACACUGGCGUGAAGAGCAAAGACGCCUACACUCUGUCCGGCAAGGAUCCCGAGGGUGCGUUCCCCAUCGUCUUGGGACACGAGGGUGCCGGUAUUGUCGAAUCCGUUGGUGAGGGUGUCACCAAUGUGAAGCCUGGUGAUCACGUCGUCGCUCUGUACACACCGGAAUGCAAGGAAUGCAAGUUUUGCAAGUCUGGAAAGACCAAUCUUUGCGGCAAGAUCCGAGCCACCCAGGGCAAAGGAGUGAUGCCUGACGGUACAUCUCGGUUCAAGUGCAAGGGCAAGGAUCUCCUUCACUUUAUGGGCACGUCGACAUUCUCCCAAUAUACUGUGGUUGCCGAUAUCUCGGUUGUUGCUGUUGAGGCUGAUGCUCCCAUGGACCGUACCUGUCUGCUGGGAUGCGGCAUCACCACUGGGUACGGCGCUGCCCGUGUCACUGCCAACGUUGAGAAGGGCUCCAAUAUUGCCGUCUUCGGCGCUGGCUGCGUCGGUCUAUCAGUUGUCCAGGGUGCCGUUGUCAACAAGGCGGGCAAGAUCAUUGUCGUUGAUGUAAACCCUUCCAAGGAGGAAUGGGCCAAGAAGUUUGGUGCCACCGACUUCGUCAACCCUACCGAAUUGAAGGGCCAGACCGUUGUUGAGAAGCUGGUUGAGAUGACAGAUGGCGGCUGUGAUUACACGUUCGAUUGCACUGGUAAUGUCACUGUCAUGAGAGCUGCUCUUGAGGCCUGCCAUAAGGGCUGGGGCGAGAGCAUCAUCAUUGGUGUUGCUGCUGCGGGCCAAGAGAUCGCCACCCGACCUUUCCAACUUGUUACUGGGCGAGUGUGGAGGGGAUGCGCCUUUGGUGGCAUCAAGGGUCGCUCUCAGCUUCCCGGCCUUGUUGGCGACUACAUGAGUGGUGCUCUCAAGGUCGACGAGUUCAUCACCCACCGCAAGACGCUGAACGAGAUGAACUCUGCUUUCGAAGUCAUGAAGAGCGGUGACUGUAUCCGUGCUGUUGUCGACAUGAGAAAGCUGUAA